GGGACUGAACUCUCAAGUGAUAAACCAACCUGUUGACACACGAUUCUUGAUAGUGAGUGAAUUUGUUUAUAAUUUAUAAUCUGUUGUUCAUGGAAAAACACAAUGACUAAACAAAACAAAGGGGAGGAAAUUGAAGUCAUUUUCGUGCCCGAUGAGGACGUCGGCGUGGUCGUUGACUGUUUCGCCAAGUCAAAAACGGCCGAGAAUGAAAGCAGGACGAAAAGGAGAUUGAACGCUACUCCGAAGAGGGAUGAAACGCCGAAGACGAUUUUGACCAAAUCUGGUCGAAAGGUCGUUCCUAAGUACAAAACACUGAACGUCUCUCUUCUCGCCGAUCCAAAAUCGGACGACUCCGCCUCGGAAAUAAGCGACGUCGAGCCUUUGGACGACUGCGAAAAGCCGACCGAAAUGCUUCCUUGGCCUUUGGAAGACUCGCAUCCUAUUUAUGAACAAGUAGAUACAAGGAUAGCUCUUUACGAUGAUGACAAUGCACUUGGGAAGCAGCUUUUUGGUUUCCAAACGCCUCGUAAAAGAGACGGUAUGCUUCAAAAGGCGUCAGAGACUGUCGGCCAGUUAGGCAAGGGCAAGGAAACACCACAAAGGAGGACAGAACAAUCUAGUGCAAAGACACCACAUGCUGCUAGGACGAAAAUUAAAAAAAGAAUCAUUGAAGAAGCUACAAGGCAAAAAUUAGAUAAACUUUUAGAAGAAAGUGAAAGCGAUUACUUACCUACCACCUCUUCAGACUCUGAUGAAUCUGAUAGUGAUGCUGACGAAAUCCCGAGUAUAAGGACAUUGCAAAUUGCCGAAUCUUCAAAAGUCCAAUCUCAUAAACCAAGAGGAGAAAUAAACCAUAAUUUUCUGUUUACUUCGGAUGAGUACUUUGAAAGAAAAAAUACACGUUCAGUAACUUCAAAUCACACUUUAAGCAAGUUGAAAAAUCCCAAAAUUCAACAAGAUCAGCUGACUUCUCUUUUAAAAAGCAUCAAUCCUACUCAUGAAGCUGCUUUGGGUGAUUUACAAAGCUGUAAUCAGUCGAUGUUCAAACGAUGGUUGUUCUCAAUGAGUGAAGGUUAUAAUGUAUUGGUGUAUGGGGUCGGUUCGAAGAAGACUCUACUAGACCUCUUUAGAGAUUUGUACCUUAGGGAUUGCCUCACAAUCGUCGUAAAUGGAUUUUUCCCUGGAAUAACUGUGAAACCUAUAUUGGACUGCAUAGCUGUAAACUUACUGAAAAUAAAUAAUUUACCAGCACUGCCACACGAAGUGCUCGAAGCUAUCGCAGAAAAGCAGAAUUCAUCAGUUAUAAACCGGGUAUUUAUUAUUGUCCACGCCAUAGAUUCUGGACUUUUAAAAUGUGAAAAGAAUCAAGGAAUCCUCUCACGACUUGCAAGCCUCCCAAAGGUACACAUGAUCGCCUCGAUGGACCACAUAAAUGGCCCUCUGAUUUGGGAUCAGAAAAAGUUGAGCGAUUUCAACUUUGUUUGGGAGGAUGCGACAACUUUUGAGCCAUAUUUGGAAGAAACGAGUUUCGAGUCUUCAUUGAUGGUUCAAAGAUCUGGGGCGAUUGUUUUGUCAGCUCUCAAAAACGUGUACCAAUCUCUCACCCGCAACACGCGCGAAGUCUUCAAAAUAUUGCUUAACCACCAGCUCAAUUACACCGGGAGGCAAUACCCAGGUAUGCUGUUUUCCGAACUGUACAGGCAGUGCAGGGAUAGUUUCAUUGUGAGUUCGGACCUCGCACUCAGAACGCAGCUCACUGAGUUCAUCGAUCACCAAAUUGUCAGAUGGAAAAAGGAUACAGAUCACUUGAUUAUUCCCAUAGAAAACCCAAUCCUGAAACAAUUCCAUGGUGAAAUUAUUGAAGAGUAUUAAAAUAAAACAGUCAUUUUUUUAUUUU